UCCUUGUUGCUUUUGUCUGGAGGGUGUUAUGGGUUUGUGUGUGUAUGAGCGUGUGUGUUUUUGGAUUUCAGACUAAUUUUCUGGAGUUUCUGCCCCUGCUCUGCGUCAGCCCUCACGUCACUUCGCCAGCAGUAGCAGAGGCGGCGGCGGCGGCUCCCGGAAUUGGGUUGGAGCAAGAGCCUCACUCGCUCCUUCGCUCCCGCUCUCUGCGCUCAGUGCCCAGCGGCAGGAGGAGCCUGGACCCAGGCGCCGCGGGCGGGCGGGCGGUAGGCGCUGGAGGCCCGCCCCGAGGUGCGUCUAACAAGGAGCCUGCGCCCCCAGAGAGUCCCGGGAGCGCCCGCCGCAGCCGGUGCCCGGUGCGCUGGGCCAUGCUGCGGCGCCCGCGGUGGAGCUGCGAGUGCCGGUAGCGCCCCCUGUGAAUCAGCUGGAGAUGCCCCAGGCACUGUGAACGGUGCGGCCCUUCAGGACUUACUCAGCCUCGGACACACUCGACUCUACAGCCGGUGACCGACAUCCAGUAGAGAGAGCGGCCGAGAGCGGCAAAGUCUGCCCAGUCCUGGAAGGGGAGGCCAACUGGUGCAGCACAGGGACACGUACUCAGUCUGACUCCAGCUGGCACUGGCCGCUAGGGAUGUCGACCUGGACAAGGUGGCAUGGACCUGCAAUGGCCCGACUCUGGAGCUUCUGCUGGCUGGUUGUGGGCUUCUGGAGGGCCGCUCUCGCCUGUCCCAUGUCCUGCAAAUGCAGUACCUCUAGGGUCUGGUGCAGUGACCCUACUCCUGGCAUCAUGGCAUUUCCGAGAUUGGAGCCUAACAGUGCAGACCCUGAGAACAUCACUGAAAUUUACAUUGCAAAUCAGAAAAGGUUGGAAAUCAUCAACGAAGACGAUGUUGAAGCUUACGUGGGACUGAAAAACCUGACAAUUGUGGAUUCUGGAUUAAAAUUUGUGGCUCAUAAAGCAUUUCUGAAAAACAGCAACUUGCAGCACAUCAAUUUUACCCGAAAUAAACUGACGAGUUUGUCUAGGAAACAUUUCCGUCACCUUGACUUGUCUGAGCUGAUCUUGGUGGGCAAUCCAUUUGUGUGCUCCUGUGAUAUUAUGUGGAUCAAGACUUUUCAGGAGACUAAAUCCAGUCCAGAAACUCAGAAUCUAUACUGCCUAAAUGAAAGCAGCAAGAAUAUCCCCCUGGCAAACCUGCAGAUACCCAAUUGUGGUUUGCCAUCAGCAAAUUUGGCUGCGCCGAACCUCACUGUGGAGGAAGGAAAGUCUAUCACAUUGUCGUGUAGUGUUGAGGGCGAUCCAGUUCCGAAUUUGUACUGGGAUGUCGGUAAUCUGGUUUCCAAACAUAUGAAUGAAACAAGCCACACACAGGGCUCCUUAAGGAUAACUAACAUUUCAUCUGAUGACAGUGGAAAGCAAAUCUCUUGUGUGGCAGAAAAUCUUGUAGGAGAAGAUCAAGAUUCUGUGAACCUCACUGUGCAUUUUGCUCCAACUAUCACAUUUCUCGAAUCUCCAACCUCAGACCACCACUGGUGCAUUCCAUUCACUGUGAAAGGGAACCCCAAACCGGCGCUUCAGUGGUUCUAUAAUGGGGCAAUACUGAAUGAGUCCAAAUACAUCUGUACUAAAAUCCAUGUUACCAAUCACACGGAGUACCACGGCUGCCUCCAGCUGGAUAAUCCCACCCACAUGAACAAUGGGGACUACAAGUUAGUAGCCAAGAACGAGUAUGGGAAGGAUGAGAAGCAGAUUUCUGCUCACUUCAUGGGCUGGCCUGGAAUUGACGGUGGUGCAGACCCAAACUAUCCUGAGGUAAUUUAUGAAGAUUAUGGAACUGUAGCAAAUGACAUCGGGGACACCACGAACAGAAGUAAUGAAAAUUCUUCCAGAAACAAUGAUAACAAAAGGGGCCGGGAGCAUCUCUCGGUCUAUGCUGUGGUGGUGAUCGCCUCUGUAGUGGGAUUUUGUUUGCUGGUAAUGCUGUUUCUGCUGAAGUUGGCAAGACAUUCCAAGUUUGGCAUGAAAGGUUUUGUUUUGUUUCAUAAGAUCCCCCUGGAUGGGUAGCUGAAAUAAAGGAAAAGACAGAGGAAGGGGCUGUGGUGCAUGUUGGUUGAUGCUGCCUUGUAAGCUGGACUCUUGGGACAGGCCUCGGCUUCUCCCGGAAGUCUGCUUACCUGGGGUUUUCUGGUGGAGGUGGGUGGUGUUUGCAGGAGGUGCUGGGUGAAGCCUGCAGAUCGAGAGCUGUGAUUGGGGAACACCAGAGCCGAGGCCGCUCACGGGCAGCAACGCAGAGACACAAGAAAACAUCUUAAAUUAAUGCUUCUCUUUUGUUCGUACAAUCGUUCAAAUACAGAAUUGAAUUGAAAUUCCACUGGAUUGUGCUUCUCUUCUGAGAGAUGUGCUGUUUGACCAUACUGGAAAUAUAUUUGAUUUUUAUUGUUUCUGUUUAUUAAAGAUGAACUACAAAGUUAAAAAAUCUAAAUUAGGGACAGGUAUACGUGGGUGCACACUAGCUUGUAAUUGAAACAGUAACUGUAAACUGUACACUGAGAUUACUAGACUGUAAUCUCCAUGUAACCAGUAUUUUAGCAUCCUGUUCUAUUGUUUAAUCAGCACGGAACUGAGAAGGUCUAAUUUUCUCAUCUACAGUACAACAGCUAAAAGAGCAUAUAGAGUGUCACUGUGGGGACUUGGUGAUGUCACAAGAGGUUCUUUUCUUCCUCAUAAUAAAGGUCCAGAGCCAUGCAAUCGAUGGCUCCUUAGUGACCUCCUUAAAGUUUCCUUAAAGACUUUCUUAAACACAAAAAAAGAAGCAGCAGCAGCUAUUUGGUUGGGGGCUGUAGAUUGAUGUUAGGUGUAGUUGGUUUCAGAAUAACUAGAGGAGUGAAAUAUAUGCAUAUGGUGCAUAUGUCCUUUCAUUUGCCCUCUGCAGUUCAUCUGCGUUUUAGAAGUUUGUCGAGUGAUAAGGCCACAGCCUCUCAUGCUGUUCCCAUAACAGAACUGCAGCUUUUCUACUCUGAAAAGGCCUGCACGCAGAAUGGCUGGCCUGCUGUGAGCAGGAGUUGAUAUUGUAAGUAGGCUAGUUUCCCUACCACAUACUACACUACCACCAGGUUUUCACGGGCAGGACAGCUCUUCUGACCCCAGCAGCACAGUGGGGGCAGGUUGCUAAUGAAUCUGUGCUUUCUAUUGUCCAGCUUCAUUGCUGAGAGGGCAGCCUUACAGACACAGAAUUCUGCAUCCCCGCCUUGGUCUUACCAUGGACCCCUGUUUCACUCACUUGGCCAUGGCAAUGACCUUUGUACACUCUGCUCAGUCUGCACCAGGUAGGAUCCCUGUCAGAGGACAGGUCUGGCUGCCCUACCCCACCUCACCUCACACCCUUCUUGUUAAGGGGACUUCAGAGCCAGGCCUGGAGCAUGUCCUUUGAAAAUACAAUCAGCUCUGUACAGCAUAGGGAAUAUAAUUAAUAAUGCAAUAACUAUGUAUGGCACUAGGUGGGUACUGGAAAUACUGAGGGGAACACUUCGUAAAGUAUAUGAUUGUCUAACCAUUAUGCUGUACACCUGAAACCAGUACAAAAUAAUAUUGAAAGUAAAAAAAAAAAAGACAUGUGCAAAGACUCCAUGGAUUAAUUGGAAAGUUACUGACUUAAAAAUUUUUUUUAAAUAGUUACACAAAUUUUACAGUUCAGCUUUAAGGAUGCAUAGAUUUUUUAACUGGUCUAUCAUGUUCGGAAAUGUUUUGAAUCCUUUGUAACCAAGGUAUUAAGCUUAAUAAACCAGAAUCCACUUAGGUACCACUUGCUAUUAAAAAGAUUGUUCAUGAUGAAUAUUUUAAACUCUGUCUCUUACCUUAGCCACUAACUAUGGUAUUAUUGCCUGAUGCCGACAUUACACAGAGUCUUAUGGAUUACAGCAUUUCACGUGGCUAUUCCAUACCCAGGUCUGAAAGGGGCAGUUUCUCCAAAGCGUGAACAGGUUCCUCAUUUUCAAAAGUUCUUCUUUCUUUUCACCAGAAGGACAUUUGAGUGUUAGGGCAGCUGGUCCUUAGUGUGGGGAGGUCUGAAUAUUAUCUGGAUUUCCAUUUUCUUGCUUGCUGCUAAAUGACAGUUCCUGUCACUACUUAGAUGCUGAUCUUUCCCGAAGGUGUUGAUUUACAAAGAGGCCAGCUAAUUGCAGAAAUCCUGAACCCUGGAAGAAAAAUGAAAUUCAAACUGGAAGCCAAGCAGAGGCUGUCAGGACAGCUCGGGUUCUUAAAUAUCAGCCAUUUGGUAAUUUUUAAAAAGCUUUUAUGUUAUCCAUGGAGCCAUAAAAAAGGGGAUGAAUUGUUUAAGGCCUAUUUUUAAAGUUUCCCAGACCCAAAAGGAAAAAAGAAAGGAUAUUUGUACUCAACAGCUGGAAGAAUGGCAGGGUAGAUAUUUGUUUUAAAAUGGAGAGAAGGGGACAGAUAAGGCAAUUUAAUAUAUCAAACCACAGUUGACAUCUCCUAGGGAACCAGGAAAACAGCAGGCUAUCAGGGAAUUGUUUCAUUCGGUUCUUGAGUUCCUUACUUUUUAUUUUUUUAAAUCCCUGGAGACCACAAUCAGUGUCAUAGCUUCUCAAGUCUGUACUCUAGCCCAUCCCCUUUCCUCCUUUUGCUUUCUUUGUCCCUGUAAGAAAUCCUUUUCGAACUUCCUAGUGACAGGUAUCACAUAUUUCUGCAGCAUCAGUAAAGGACAGGCAGUGUUUUCGCUGAAAUCGCGUUUGUCGCCGGAAGUGAGGACCGGGCACUUCCGUACCAGGCAGGUACCCUAAAUGAACAAGGUGCCCCGGGUGGGUGUCCAUCCAGAGCGGCAGCUCUCAGGCAGCCCCAGCCAACUCCUGCCUCCUGGGAGUGUGGGCCCAGGUGUCCAAAUCUUCUGAUUCCUUAUGAGAUACCUAAAACCUGGACUCUUCGGUGGAAUGUCCCUAUUUUUAAAAAGUUGACUCAGUUAUUUUUAAAAUGUUAUGGAGGCCAGCAAAACAUUUCUGUGGACUGCCAGUUUGUUACUUUUGUCUUAAAGCAAGAUCAUUGUUCUCUCCAUGUUUCCUUCUGUCUUUCCUUUGCCAACACCUUCCCAGCAUUGCCAUGGAGAGCUUUAUCUCCAUUGAAUCUGGCACCUCCAGGAUCUGCAGCAUGUCACGUACCUUUGGGGCUCUCCUAUGCCUUCCACCCAAUACUGAGCUGGGCUCUCUCUCCCUGCCUGGGACUCCCUUGCAUCAGUGUGUGCCCUUUACCCCCUAAUUGGCCCCACUUCCAUGUGGCCAGAGGCAAUCCAAUGAGUCCUUCCUCCUGUUUUAUGUGUUGCGACUCCUUUCACCAGUGUCCAUGUUGCCUGGCCUGUGCAGGUGCGGCCAAGGUCAGGGGAGAGGGAGCAGCCCCUUUUCACGGGUGUCGUUAAUGUACUAAUGUGGCCACUGACAGAUGGAAAACAGCUGUGUCAUCAAGAGUCUUGGUUCAGGCCCUGUAUUUUGACUCUGGUCCCAGAGAGACCCUCCAAGGCAGCUGAGAGAGACUAAGAGACUCCCACUGUCAUCACGUGAGACAUCAGUCUGAGGCCAAAGAAGCAAAGAAGGUCCAGAUCUCAACAGGAAGAAUGAAUCCCCACAGACUUUAAAGACACUUCAGGGGUUUCACUCCUAAUCUCCAGCAGAGACUAAUUUCAUUUUCGACCUAUUACAUGCUGAUUCCAAAAGUCGAGAGCAAAGAUCAGAAUUAAAUAACCCCAGCUUUACAACACAGAGCACAGAGGGAGUGGGCUUUGGGUUCCACUCUUCGAGUAACCUUGAAUUACGCUGAGAGUUUUAGGGCUGGAAGUGCCUCCUUAGACAGAGCAGAGGCCUUCAUUACUCAACUGUUUAAGGAGCAAACAGCUCAAGAAGUUCAAGGGGCAAAUUCAGUUCAUGGCCAGGUGUAAAGGUGAGCACAAUGGAAGUGCUCCUGCUUUUUCUCCUUCCUUUUCUCUUUGUUUUCUUAAAAUCCCUGACUCCCUCCCUUCCCCUGCCUCCUUUUCUCCUCUACUCUAGCAUUCUAACUUGACUCCAUGACAAACUGAGAGUUUAGUUUUGUUUUAUUGGUUGCUUUCCACACACCUUUUUUUUACCCCCUUGUGAAAUGGAAUCAAAGCACCCAGGGGAAACUGAACUAACUCUUCUCUCACUCUGUUAGAGAAUGGGUAGGUGACUUAGACUUUCUCCUGCUCUAGUGCCUGCUGUUUAUGGCACCUUGCCUGGCUUUCGUCUUGUUUUCUCACAAAAUAGGAGCUCAUUUCAUCUUGUUUUCUAGACUCCAGAUACAGAGGGAGAGCAACUGAAGGGAAGCAGUUCCAUGUAAUCUAGGGUCUUCAUGAGUAGCUCUAUCCAGCCAUUGGGCUGUGCCAUUCCUGUCUAGAAGAGCCCCCUGGGUUUGUGCCAGUCAGCAGACUCGACCCCAAGAAAACUAGGACAGAAGUAGGCGUCCUGUGAUGUGUGCUCUGCUGUGUCACAGACACAGCACCUACAAUACCUGAGGACCAUGCCAGGCUUAUGUGAGGGGACCUGGAAAGGUUAAGGACUCUCCUGGAUGGGGCAGGAAUGUCAUUUUCUGUGGGGUGCUGCCACAUUGAAUUAUCCAGAUUCCCAACCCAGAAAGUGACAUAGAAACAGCUGUCACAGAAGUCAGCUUUCCAUUCAAGUCAGUCCAUUUCCUUGUUUUGCUCUUCAGGGCCAAAGGAGCCCCCAGCCAUCCGAUUUUGACAGUGAGAUCACUCUGAGUUUAAUUCGGGCUAGUGUUGCAACGGAGCCUUGGGAUGGUCAUUUAUGGGCACCCAUGGUGGGUUGUUAUUAGCUGUGUCUGGAGUCUUAGUUUUCAUGAAAAAAUUGCAUGAGAAGUAAGGAAAAGAACAAAGGUUUCUUGCUUUUAUUUUAAGACAGUCAAUUUAAGAAGGGGGCAUAAACAAAUAUAAAAUAGCAAGUGACUCUAUUCACAAUGUAUAUGUGUGUCAAAUCAUUGUGUUGUACCCUUCAAAUAUCCUGCCAUUUCAUUUGUCAAUUACGCCUCAGUAAAGCUGACAAGAAAAAAAGUGAGAGGGAAAACAUGAAGAGAUUCCAGAGAAAGGCAAAUCCUUGCGUGCCCCCAUUUCAUGUUGGAAUCCAUUUGCUGUAAUCCAUAGGCAGUCUGUGAAUCGCUCUCAUGGCCUGUUUUUUUUCUGUGUAAUGUUCUGGGUUAUAAAGUCAUUUUUUCACACUUCCUGUAAAUAGUGGAUGAUCAUUUUUUAUUUUAUUUUUAAGCGUUGUUUUAACAUGUGGAUAGAUCAUAAAUGUACUUGCUGCAUUCAUUUUUUUAACAAGCGAAUAAAGUUUUAUAAUUCA